UCCACACACUGAGUAUCUCUAAGUAAACAGCACACAGUUAGAGCUGUUGGUUUGUAUGUGAAGGUGUGAAGCUCCGUGAGGAUGAUGAAGGAAUGUCUGCAGUUCCUCAGAGAACCAGCCAAGAACCUCAAGUUCUGCCUGAAGGAAUCAUGGCACAGAGUAAAGACUGAGAGACAACACACACUCACAGAGAAUCAGAUCUUCAUCAUGGAGCUGGCCAGAGAACUGAGCUGGAUCUGUCAGAGUUCAGGUGUUUUAUCUCAUAUAUGGAGAGGGGAGGAUGUUUGGUCUGUAUCAGUUUGUCAUCAGUUCAUCAGAGAAACUGCAUCUGUUCUGCACAUGAAGGAGAAGACUGAAGCAGAGUAUCUGACACACACACACCCGUGUGUGAGAAUGCGAGAGUGUGAAGACGAGCUGCAGUGUGUCUCAGAGACUGAAGAGAACGAGCUAAAGAGAGAGAUUAUGGACUGGAUACACACACAAAGGAACAAACACCCAUAUGGUAUAUGUCUGGGUGAGUCAGUGUUGAAGGUGUUAGAUGAUUUGGAGCUGCAGUGGAAUAAAGGACGACUUGCUCAUCUUCAGUCUGCACUGGAGCUACUCAUCUGGAUCACACACAAUGAACAUCUGGACAAGGAGUUUGUUCCUCGAUUGUGGUUCAGAAGCAAACAGGAGAAUCACAGCAUCAAUGCUGUUCAUUAUAUUCCACAUGCAGUGUGGAAGUGGAUUUGUGAUGCUGCAGUUGAUGUGACCUUUGAUCCUGCAACUGCUAACCCUGCCCUCCUCGUCUCUGAGGACCGGAAGCGUCUGCUUUGCAUUCCUGAGCCACGCCCAUUCAGGCCCCACCACCGCCGCUUUAAUGGCUGGUUUUGUGUUCUAGGUGCCGAGCGUUUCUCGUUUGGGCGGAGUUACUGGGAGGUGGAGCUCGGAAAGCGGGAUUGGCGAGUGGGCGUGGCCAAAGAGUCAGCAGUUCUGAAAGGAUACACCAGUCUGAACACGCAGAGUGGCUUCUAUACACUGCGUCUGGAGAGAGGGAGUGAGAUGAAGGCACUGACCACUCCUACCACACCACUCCCCUACAGGCAACGCCCACCACGGCGGAUUGGAGUGUGUGUGGACUUCGAGGCGGGACAGAUCUCGUUUUAUGACGUUCGGUCACACACACACAUCUACACGUACUGUGAAACAUUGACCGAGCCGGUCUACCCUGUGUUCGGCACCACCGAGAUCCUCACACACAUGAAGAUCGCACACUCGCGGCCAUGUGAGGGGGCGUGUCCUUUCUGCUGAGCACGAGCAUAAACACACACACACAUAUAUACACACACACACACAUACACACAUGGAUAUCGAACACCUGCAGCCACGUGAGGGGGCGUGUCCCUUCUGCUGAGCAUGAGCGUAAACACACACACACAAAUGAAGAUCGGACACCUGCAGCCACGUGAGGGGGCGUGUCCCUUCUGCUGAGCAUGAGCGUACACACACACGCACACACACACAAACAAAGAUCGGACAUCCGCAGCCAUGUGAGGGGGCGUGUCCCUUAUGCUGAACACACACAUACACAUUUAUGGUCAUAUUUAUGGUUAAUUUGCUAGUUUUGUAAUUCACAUCUAAUUGCAGAUGAUGUUAAAUAUGGGGGCGUGACUGACAUUUCAGUGGGUGUGGCUAUAGCUGCAUAAUCAUUCUCAAAGCUACAUAGUUAAUGUUAGCAUGAAACUUAACGAGCUUAAUACAAACUAAAUUGCACAAUGUUGCUCAGUUAUGACUUAAAUAAAUGAAUGAAUGAAUAAAUGAAUGAAUGAAAUUUGCCCUCAUCUGAUUGGCUAAACAUGACUCAUUAUCAUAAACUAAGCUGUGGGUAAUUGUUGAAUUUGGAGGUGGGUGUGUCCAAUUAUGACAAUGAGAACAGGAAUGAAAUUUACAUCAUCUGUAUUCAGAUAUAUGAGGUGUGAUGAUGUUUAAGUGUGAUGAUGUUCAAGAUCCAUGAGUGGAGUAGAAACUGUGUGCUGCUGACCCCCAGUGGACAGUGUUGGUACUGCAGUGGUGUGCCAUUUGUAAAUGUUAUUUUUCACCAAAACAUUCCUUUCUAACGAAAAAACCUUGACUAUUAACAGCAUGUAUCAGAACUCUUCUUAUUAAACACAGAGAUAAAUAUUCUUUUGCAUAUUUGUCAGAAAAAAACAAACAAACAAAAUCUAAUACUUUUGCUUGAAA